GCUACGACUUGCAUCUUUUAGGUUAAGUAACGGGUUUGUUACAAUUUCUGUUUCUUGUUUCGUAGUGUCUACUAAUUAAUAUUGUACAAAAUAAGUAGUCAAUAGAACAAAUACCAAUAUGACCGCCGAUUUUUAUAUUCGGUACUACGUUGGACACAAGGGUAAAUUCGGUCACGAAUUUCUGGAAUUUGAGUUCAGGCCUGAUGGUAAACUAAGGUACGCCAACAAUUCUAACUACAAAAAUGACACCAUGAUCCGUAAAGAAGUAUACGUGCACCAGUGUGUCAUGGAGGAACUUAAAAGAAUAAUCGUCGAUUCUGAAAUAAUGCAAGAAGACGAUUCCCUUUGGCCACCACCGGACAGGAUAGGUCGCCAGGAAUUGGAAAUUGUGAUCAAUGAUGAACAUAUCUCAUUCACUACCUCUAAAACUGGAUCUUUGGUAGAUGUCAGCCAGUCUAAGGACCCCGAAGGAUUGAGAUGCUUCUAUUAUCUUGUGCAGGAUCUCAAGUGUUUGGUGUUCUCAUUGAUUGGACUGCAUUUCAAAAUUAAGCCAAUAUAAAAUGUUUUUUCUAUAUCGAAGAAUCGAGAACAUGAAGGUUCAUUUAUUUGUAAGAAAAGUGGUAAAAUAUCAAAAAUCAGUCAUUUAUAAUGUGAAAAACUAUUCUUCUGUUUAAUUUCUUAAAGCGAUGGAGUUAUUUAUUUAAUUACAUGUUUGACACAUA